CUUGAUGACUUAAACAGAUGGAGUCUGCUUCUUAUUUCUCCUUUUAUUUAUCCUGAUAAGGUACUUAAAGCAGAACAUAUAGCUUUUGUGACAGAAAGCAUUUCAUCACAGACAGAUACUUCGCAGGAAGUACCAGGCUCUUCGAAAGAGAUUGUGAAGUGGUCAGACUAUUGUUCACCAUUGGCGUAUAAACCUGGUGAGCCUUAUAAGUUAAUUGCUGAAGCAAGUGUAGAUAAUUUCAGUAACCUUGGAAUAGCAUUCAUGGAAGACAGGCUUCAAAUGGAUAAUGGAAUGGUGCCACACAAGAUUGUUUCUGUCCAUUUACAGGAAUCUACUCUGAAGGAGUUGGCACAGGUGGCACCAUCUGUAAAAGAGCAAAGUGUAAGCAGCACACAAAUGGAUGAAGUAACUCCUGCUGCUACUUUUGGGACUACUGAUAAAUCAGGAUUAGGAGUAGCUGAGUCUGCAGGACAAGGUGAAGAGGAGAAAUCCAAGCUAGAAAAAGAAAGUGAGGAUGGAAAUGAAUCUACCAGCGUAUCGGACAAAGACACAGGUGCUGGAGAACAUCAUCACUUGCAUCUUUCCAGCUGUCAUGAAUGCCUGCAACUUGAAAACAGUACUAUUGAAUCCGUCAGAUUUGCCUCUGCAGAAGACAUUCCAGAUCUUCCUGAUGAUGGCAAUAGCAAACUGGAAGAGAAGAAUGAUGACUGUCUAGCAAGAGGAAUAAAGAGACUAAACCUUGCUGGAAAGCCCCCUAAUAUAUUGAUUUAUCUUGGCUCUGAAACUGCAAAAGUGAAAUUUGAGCAGGUAAAAUCAGUGCUUGAGGAAUGCCUUGACACAGACAGCUACACCAUCUACCAGCUGCGUGAAGAACAAGUUCUGCAAGCACCAUGGGUCAAUAAUGCACUGCUGUUGAUCGUUGCCACAGAGGAACCUAUUUCAGAGGAGAACCACAAACAAUUUAUGAAUUUUUUAUCUAAAGGUGGAAAGAUUCUAGGGUUUUCUUCAUCUUUUACAUUUGAUGGCAUACAAAUAAAGAAAAGAAAAAACAGACUGAAGACUGUUUGUGAAUUAGUGGUCUCUAAGAUGGACAGCACUGAAGUUAAGUUAAAUCUUUUGGUCAGUGGCUGUGUUUUUGAGGAGGUGAUGAAGGACAGUACCAGCAAAGUGAAGACAUUGAGUCGAUUAAAUAAUGCUGAUAAAGAUCCGGUUAUUGUUUACCUGACUUACGGAGACAGUGGAGGAGAAGCAGUUCUUUCUCAGGCACACUUUGAACUGGAUAUCAAUUCUAUGGAUGUCCAAACUGAAGAGGAUUUUAAUUUGCUUAAGAUAAGCAAUACCAAGAGAUAUGAAGUUCUCAAGGAGAUCCUAGUAUCACUUGGCCUGAGUUGUGAAUUAAACGAAACUCCUAUGCUAACACCUAUUUACCUUCUCUCUUCUGAUGAGGAAAUCCAUCUUGCUUUUUUGAAAUGGCUUGAGGGAAAUGUAGAUGCUGAAGGAUUAAGAGCAUCCAGCAAGGUGUCUCUUAAAUUUAUUUCAUCCUGUGAGUCAAAAAUGGAGAUAACUCCAUCUCUCAUGCCAGUCAUCACUGAGAUGGAAAGCUUCUCAUCAGAACAUUUCAGCCUGAAGACAUAUCAACAGAAUCUUCAAACAAAGAAGCUUGGAAAGAUUCUUCUUUUUGCUGCAGUUACCACAACAACAAUGAAUCUUCUAGAUGGGUAA